CCGGAAAUUGCAUCAUUCAGGUAAUCAGAACUCGCUCUUGCUUACCUAGCUACAGCAAGACUGAGCUACACGCAGAUCCGCGGCGGGGAGCUAGGGUUCCGGCGAGAAAAACCAAUGGCCUCAGCGGCAGCGCGGCGGAGGCAGGAGCUAGCAGCGGAGGGACAGCGGCACCUCGAGGAGACGAUCGCCGCUGCUUUCCAGAUCCUUUCCUCCAUGAACGACGAGCUCUGCAACCCCGCGCUCUGGUCCUCCUCCGCCACCGCCGCCGCUGCCACCGCCAUCUCUCAGCAACCCCACCCGCAUCACGGGCCUCCCCCGCCUCUCCACUCCGCCGACUCCGAAGCCUCUGACGCUUUGGGGGGAGGCUCCGGUGGCUCCGGUGGGUCGCUCGACGAGGCGAGGCACCGGUACAAGAUUGCCGUGGCAGCGCUGCGAGCAUCCAUCGCCGCCGUGUCGCCCUCUACUCAGGAGAUAGCGUCAACAGAAUCCAAAGGUGAUCAAGCUGAGAUUGAGAGAUUGGAAGAGCACGCAUCUUCUUUGAGAAAGGAAAUUGAAAGCAAAAACAAACACGUAAAGCUUCUCAUGGAUCAACUUCGUGAUCUUAUAUCAGACAUAUCAAUGUGGCAAAGCCCUUGCUCAGUGUGAGAUGUUGUGUUAUUCAAUUCUUAGAGUGCAAGAGAUCACACAUCUACAUGUGUGCUAAGGCGAAACUCUGGGCGUACCCUCUUUACAAUGAAAGCAGAUGGGACAAUUGGAAAGGGAUACGAGUAGCGAGUACUAAUAUUGUAAUUUGUACUGAUUUUCUCUUGAGGAUUUGAAGAAAUAGUAAUGAGCGGCCAUAAAUACGGCUUAUCUAAUGUAAACACUUGUAACUGUAUGUUGAACAAGAAUGUGGCUAUGGAGUAUGGAUAUAGCAGAGGGUAUUCUACUCUUUGGGUGCUGAAUCGUACAAUAGCUCACUCUUAAGAUAUAUGUAAGCUCCUUUUCUUUUCUCC